AGAUAUUGGGCCAGAGAAAUGAACGGAUCCUAUUCAAUGCAGGGAGUGGAGCCAGAUAAGGGGACCAAAUGUAGAGAGUCUUUCAAGUUUGUGUCGGAGGUGAAGAGGGAUGUAUGGAAGGAGAUCGGAGAGGAGCGAUCAGAGCCAACCUGCAGCCUCAGUGUCAGCAAGAUCUCCUACACAGUCAGUGAGCGUUUGGGUCCAUGGUGGGACUUACCCUCCUACAGGAAGCGAUGGACUCGACAGAUCCUCAAUGAUGUCUCCUUCCACGUAGACAGCGGGCAAAUCAUGGGCAUACUGGGAAAUUCAGGCUCAGGGAAGACAACAUUACUGGAUGCCAUCUCAGGAAGGAUUGGAAAUAGUGGAACACUUUUGGGUGACGUUUUCAUCAAUGGCAGGAAACUAAAGAGAGAAGAGUAUCAGGACUGUUUCUCUUACGUACUACAGAGUGAUAACUUGCUGAGUUAUCUGACCGUAGAAGAGACUCUGACCUACACCGCUCAGCUGGCCUUGAGGAAACAUUCAGCUGAAGCCAUCAAGAAGAAGGUGUCUGCAGUGAUGGCAGAGCUGAGUCUGACUCACGUGGCCCACAGUGUAAUUGGGGGUCGAGUUUUUCCAGGUAUUUCUGGUGGUGAGAGAAGAAGAGUCUCCAUUGCCAGUCAGCUACUCCAAGACCCAAGGGUGAUCCUAUUGGACGAGCCCACCACCAGUCUGGACAGCAUGACCGCCAAUCAGAUUGUGGUGCUGCUGGCACAGCUGGCAAGGAGAAACCGUAUCGUCAUAGUAACCAUCCACCAACCCCGGUCUGAGCUUUUCAGGGUCUUCAGCAGGAUAGCCAUCAUGAGCUGUGGAAAACUGGUGUUCUGUGGGCAGCCAGAGGAGAUGGUUGACUUCUUCAGCCAGUGUGGAUAUGAGUGUCCAGAGUACUGCAACCCCUUUGACAUUUAUGUUGACUUCACCUCUGUGGACACUCGCAACAGUGAGAGGGAGGCCGCCACGUUCAACCGCAUGCAUGAAAUCACCUCGGCCUAUCAGAGGUCUGCCAUCUACCAGAGCAUGUUGGAGAAAGUAGAGCAAAACCUGCAGCAAACAGACAAACCAGCCAUCCCCUUUAAGAGCAAAGAGUCUCCCAACGGGGCCGCUAAACUAGAGGUUCUGCUCAGACGGACUGUAAGGAACCUGUCCAGAGACAGGAUGGGUGUCCUGAUGCGUCUGUCCCAGAACCUGAUCUACGGGCUUUUUGUUGCUUUCUUUGUCAUGCACUUAGACAAUGAUAUCACCAAAGGCGCUAUUCAGGACCGCAUUGGCAUCAUUUACCAGAGCAUCGCCGCUUCACCCUACACUGGGAUGCUGAACGCGGUAGCACUGUUCCCAGCACUGCGGGCCAUUGGUGACCAGGAGAGUCAAGAUGGUCUGUACAGUAAAUGGCAAAUGUUUCUGGCUUACAUCUUCCACAUCCUGCCCUUCAGCAUCCUGAGUGUCAUCAUCUUCACCUCAUUCCUUUACUGGACAAUCGGGAUGAACCCUGACAGUGUCCGCUUCCUGUGUUUCAGUGCUGUAGUCCUGGUGCCUCACAUUACAGGUGAGCUUCUGACUGUGGUGUUGCUGGGAGUGGUCCAAGACCCUAACAUGGUCAACACUGGUGUGGCUCUACUCAAUAUUGCUGGAAUCCUGGUGGGCUCUGGUUUUCUUAGAAGCACACAGCAGAUGCCAGAGGUCUUCCAGUGGCUCAGCUAUCUGACCUUCCAGAAAUACAGCUGUGAGCUGCUCAUAGUCACAGAGUUUCAUGGAUUAAACUUCACAUGUACUCCCUUGCUUCCUUUACCUGGAGCUUGUGUGAUCACUGGGGGCGAUCAGAUCAUCGAACAGGGCUAUCCAGGUGCUUUGUCCCGUUACACGCUCGACUUUGUUCUCCUGUACUCAUUCCUCCCCGCCCUCCUGUUGCUGGGAAUAAUCAGCUUCAAGAUCAGAGACAAGGUCAUCCGCCACUAAAACAUAC